CGGAGCCGAGCGCAGCCCGGCCGUGCCCAUGGCCGGCCGCGGGCCCGAGCAGGGCUACAUCCGCACCGUGCUGGGCCAGCAGAUCCUGGGCGAGCUGGACAGCUCCAGCCUGGCGCUGCCCUCCGAGGAGCGGCUGAAGCUGUCGGGAGAUCGCGCCGGGGAGGAGAAGGCGCUGCGGAUCCACCGGCAGGUCCAGCAGACGCUGGCCAGGAAGAGCCGGGGCUCGCUGUACAAUGGCAGCCUGCACCGUGCAUCCAGUGUACCAGAACGUGUCUAUAACAUGGGGAUCACUGAGAAUGAUUUUGCACCAAGGUCUCCCUACAGUUUCUCAUAUUACCAGGCAAACCAGGUUGCCUCCCCAUCCUCGUACACCAAUGGCUGGGGGACAAGGAUUGCUUACAGGACGAUGGAAGAGAGAGCUCAAAGGCAGCCUCUGAAGAGACUGGAGGUUUCUCCCCAGCGAAAUCCAGAAAGAUUGGCCUACGUGUCCAACGACUUUCACUACGAUGGAGGGGUCUCAGUCGGAUUGUCCGUGAGGCACGGGGACGGGCUGAGAUCCAGCGGGACUGUGCCGCCGAGAUACGCUCGCUCCGAGAUCCUUGGCUACACCCUGCGUGACUCCGUGCACAGGGGACGCUCCUUCAAGAGACAGCCCCGCCUGGGGACUGUCACUGAUGCUGUCCCCGAUGGUGCCUACCCCAGCCCCACUGUCCCUCUGUACCCCCAGCCUGGCAGCAGCCGCAGCAUGAGCAACCUGCUGGAGAAGGAAAACUACCUGGCCUCGGAGAGCGCCGUGGGACAAGUGAGGUCCCCGACCGCGUCCCGCCUCUCUCAGAACAGACAGUCUGUAAGGUCCAGCUUCUACCAAAGCGCCUUCAGAAACACGCAGAGCAGGAGGGAGGCUUCCCAGCCAGCUUCCAUUGCCAGCGUCGCUGCAGAAACGGAUGGGAAGAGGAUGCCAGUGACAGCUGCUGUGGCCGCAGCAGGGAGAAAUGGUUUCCUGCAGAGCGAGCAAGUGACCCUCAAUGGCUCUCAGCUGGGGAGCCCAGAAGUGGAGAUGACCCUGGAGCGUGCAGUGAACAUUCUGAAGAGUGAAAAUACACAGUCCACCCCCAGGAUCCUUGCUGCAGUGACUUUCAUACAGCAUGAGUGCUUCCAAAAAGCAGAUGCCAGGAGAAAAGUUUUCUCACUCGGUGGCAUCCCCAGACUUUUACAGCUCCUUGAGGUUCAGAAUGAGGACAUCCAGCGGGCAGCGUGUGGUGCUCUGAGAAACUUGGUGUUCGAGGACAAUGACAACAAACUGGAAGUGUCAGAGCAGAAAGGGAUCCCGCUCCUGCUCCGCCUGCUCCGGCACACCAGGGACAUAGAGACUAAGAAACAAAUCACAGGUUUGCUGUGGAAUCUGUCCUCCAAUGACCAGCUGAAGCACCUGUUGAUUAGAGAAGCCCUGCAGACGCUGACUGAUGCUGUCCUCAUCCCCUACUCAGGCUGGCCAGACAGAGAUUACCCAAAAUCAAGUGCUCUAUCUGACCCUGAUAUCUUCUACAAUGCCACAGGAUGCCUGAGAAACAUGAGCUCUGCUGGCCCAGAAGGAAGGAAGAAGAUGAGAGAAUGUGAGGGCUUGAUUGAUUCUCUUGUGUAUUAUAUCCAAGGAGCUAUUGCAGACCAUGAGCCCAAUGACAAGGCCACAGAGAACUGUGUGUGUAUUCUUCACAAUCUUUCCUACCAGCUAGAGCUAGAGCUCCCUGAGAGCUAUGCCCAGAGCAUAUAUGUGCAAAGAAGAAAUAUUUCUAACAAUGAUAAAACACCAGGCUGUUUUGGAACACGGAGCAGAAAAGUAAAAGAGAAGCAGCAGGACACCCCGCUUCCUGAGGAAAAGAGCAAUCCCAAAGGUGUUGAAUCGCUCUGGCAUUCUACACUGAUUAGGAUAUACCUCUCCUUAAUAGCAAAGAGUACCAGAAACUACACCCAAGAGGCAUCCCUGGGAGCUCUCCAGAACCUCACAGCUGGCAAUGGACCAAUGCCAUUUGCAGUGGCCCGGACUGUUGUUCAAAAGGCGAACGGGCUGCCAGGCAUCCGAGCUAUGCUGCACGUCAGCCACCCCGCGGUGAAGAGGACAGCGGUCUCACUGCUCAGGAACCUGUCCCGAAACACCUCCCUGCAAAACGACAUAGCCAGAGAAGUUCUGCCCGAUUUGGUGUCAGCCCUGCCCGAGUGUGUGCCAGGCUGCGAGGCUGCCUGUGACACCACGGCGUCCAUCUGCUACACCCUGUUCAACCUGACCCAGCGCAGCUCGCACAACGCCCGGCUGCUCCUCAGCGCCCAGGGCCUGCCCAAGGUCAUUGCCAUCAGCAUGAAUGACAGCAAUAUGUUCAGCAAAGCCAGCAGGGCUGCUUCAGUCCUCCUCUACUCCCUGUGGUCACACACUGAUCUCCACAGUGCCUACAAAAAGGCCGACUUCAAGAAGGCAGAUUUCAUCAACAGCCGGACCACAAAAGCCUACAACUCACUGAAAGAUUGAAUCAGAGAACAGCACCAGGGAAGACAGAGUCCAUACAACAGCCAGUGUAACCAUCUUCACAGGGUUGGUGUCACCAUCACGAACCACAAAGUAUCUCAGGAAAAAAGGGCUGGUUUUCUAGAAAGACUCGAGUGGCCAGAGAGUAGCUUUUUUGAGUUUUUAAUCCUAAUCACACUCGUUAUCACUGACAACAUCGGUACAUCAACAUCUAUACAAAUGUCAAUACAAGAAUAACCAAAGAUGCAUUCUCCAGAAUGUCUGAGGUGAAGUUUCAUCCACGUUUACCACUUGUUAGAGCUCCAGAUGACUGCCUUUGUUCCAUACAGAGGAGUUUGAAAUGCUGGUUGGAAGCAAAUUCUUUUCAGACUAUUUUAUACCAGAAGUUUUUUACAGUGGGUAAGCAUCAAGUGCACUGCUUAGAACUUAGUUGUUUUUCACUCUUUUGUUUCUUCAUACAGCUAAAUAAGAAUCUCCAGACUCUAUGAGUGACUCUAUGAGUAUGCACAAGAAGCUGUUUCACUACAUGAAUUAUAAAAGCACCAAUGAAGUUAAAAUUACUAUUUUUGUAUUGCUUGUUUUCAUGGACUCACUGAUUCUUAAACCUCUUUCCUUUGAGAUUUCAUCAGCAACAGCAGCAAAACUGAUUUCACGUAGAUUUUACCAUCCCUUGCUCCUCUCAUCCUCCCUCAUGUGGCUGUUGCAUUUUACAACUGUGUUCAGAAAGGAUUUUAACCAGAACCACUAGGUUUAAGGCACUAUGUUUCAGACACUUUGGGCUGAACUUAACCACAUCAUUCUUCGCUAAUUGGUGGAGAAAUUAUUUGUGGAUGUUUCAAUGAUUAUUUUAAGAAAAUUGCAAUUUCAAAACAAUUCUGUUGAUAACCUAUAUACAAUAAAGGGAGUGGAGUCUUGCCUUUACUUUUGAAAUAACAGACACACACAAGAGGCUGGGCUCUGUGCUGAUUAAGGAAUUCACCUGAUCCUGCUUCAUAUUCUCUUACUCGAAAUGAUCAUCCUCCCUACAGCAAUUAUAUGCAAUGUGAUAACUUUGGGACUAUGCCUGCACAUGUGGAAUAGGUGACAGGAGGGGAAAAAAACUCAGGAGGACCUGAAGGCUCAGGUUUUCAUUAUAUGAUGCUAGAGAUGCUAAAGAAGCACUUAAAAAUAAAACCCC